CUCAGCUUCAGCCCAGCUGAGAUAUUGCACACGUGAUGCAGCGCUAACAGCCCACAGCUGCCUUUCUCUCAUCCUGAUUCUCUGUAUUCCUCUCAACAGCACAAGAUGAUCCCAAACAACGUCCCUCCCGUCACCGGCAAGGAACUCGAGUACAUCACCCAAGUCGUGAAUGGCGGCACCCUCAGCGACGGCGGCGGCCCGUUCAGCCAACGCUGCCAAUCCUGGCUUGAGGAACGCCUCAACUGCCCCCGAGCCUUCCUGACACCAUCCGGCACCGCGGCUCUCGACCUCGCCGCGCUGACGCUCGACAUCCGGCCUGGCGACGAGGUCAUCGUCCCCAGUUACACAUACAUCUCCACGGCAAAUGGGUUUCUGCUGCGCGGGGCGUCGCUCGUCUUCGUCGAUGUCGAGCCAGAUACGAUGAAUAUCGACGUGGGGAAGGUCCGCGAGGCGAUUUCCCCCAAGACACGUGCUAUUGUUCCUGUUCAUUAUGCAGGUGUACCGUGUGAUAUGGAUGGGCUUGUGGAGGCGAUUGGCGAUAGGAAAGAUAUAUACAUCGUCGAAGACGCAGCGCAGGGGUUGUUUUCUUCGUAUAAAGAUGGGAGGGCGCUAGGCACGAUCGGCCACAUUGGGUGUAUUAGUUUCCACGCGACAAAGAACGUCACGGCCGGUGGUGUGGGGGGAGCUAUCCUCAUUAAUGAUCGGAGCUUGAUUGAUCGCGCAGAGACGAUCCGGGAUAAAGGGACUACGAGACCUCAGUUUCUGCGUGGCGAGGUGGACCACUAUACAUGGCAGCAAGCGGGGGUUAGCUGUGUCCUGAGUGAGAUGCAAGCGGCAUAUCUCUGGGCUCAGCUAGAGGCGUCUGACCAGAUUCAGGCGCAUCGGCACAGACUGUGGAAAUAUUACCAAGAGAGUCUGGGUGGGCUACGGGAUAAAGGUGUUGGGAUUCCAGCUGCGUGUGCUUCGGGCCAACAUAAUGCGCACAUCUUCUUUAUUAAAACGCGAGAUGAAGAUGAGCGACGCCGGUUCACGUCCGCCAUGAAAGAUAAGGGGAUUGCAGUCCUGGCGCAUUAUGGACCUUUGCAUAAGACUCCUCCUGGUCAGCAGGGUCGCCAUGUUUUGCAUCCAGAGGACUAUGCAUCGCGGGAGAGUGGGCGACUGGUUCGGCUGCCGUUGUUUUAUGCCUUGACCUUGGAGCAGGCAGAGUACGUUGUUAGCCAGGUUAAGGGUUUUUUCGUAGAGUAGGUAUAUAUUUAUGACAGAAUGAAUUUGAAUAUGCAUCCUAAAUAAUACAAGUGACGUAUACCUGCACUUUGUGGACAAAUUGACCAACUAGGCAAGGAUAGUCUAGCCCCAACAGCCCCGCAUUGGCUGAAAAGCGACGAUCUCUUCA